AUGGCCAACUUCCUGGCCUCCAUCUUCGGUACCGAGCAGGACAAGGUCAACUGCUCCUUCUACUUCAAGAUCGGCGCGUGCCGGCACGGCGACCGGUGCUCGCGCAAGCACGUCAAGCCGUCCUACAGCCAGACGAUCCUGAUGCCCAACCUGUACCAGAACCCGGCCUACGACCAGAAGAACGCGAACCGCAUGAACCCGUCGCAGCUGCAGAAUCACUUCGACGCCUUCUACGAGGACAUUUGGUGCGAGCUGUGCAAGUACGGCGAGCUAGAGGAGCUAGUUGUGUGUGACAAUAACAAUGAUCACCUCAUCGGCAACGUCUACGCUCGAUUCAAGUACGAGGACGCCGCGCAAAAGGCCUGCGACGAGCUCAACAGCCGGUGGUACGCCGGGCGGCCCAUCUACUGCGAGCUCAGUCCCGUGACGGACUUUCGCGAGGCCUGCUGCCGCCUCAACUCGGGCGAGGGCUGCAUGCGCGGCGGCUUCUGCAACUUCAUCCACCGCAAGAACCCGAGCGACGAGCUCGACCGCGACCUCACGCUGAGCACCAAGAAGUGGCUGCGCGCGCGCGGCCGCGACGAGAAGAGCGCGAGCCGCUCGCCCUCGCCCGAACCCACGAGGCGGCGGUGGUGA